AUGAGGAUAUUGACCUAUGCGGUUCGAAAGGCGAUGGCACUGGCUGCAGCCAAUCCAACCCAGGCCGACCAUCAACCAAACCACAGCAACCCACCACCAGAGAACAAAAGCGCAGACAAGGCGAACGACGAGAACCUGAUACCAUGUGCCCAACAGAGCCCUGCACACCCACACGAACACCGCUCACCAGACGACAUCCCGCCACCCAAACGGAUCCGAUUGGAGCCCGAACAGGAUGGCCAUCAGGAGCCAGAGACGAUGGACUAUCUGACUCAAGAAAACUUGCCCCCUUCGAUGGAGAAAUAUUGGGCCCAACGCAAGAGGCUCUUUUGGAAGUUCGACGAGGGCAUCAAGAUGGACCUCGAGUCCUGGUACAGCGUGACUCCUGAAGCGAUUGCCAAGCAGAUCGCCACACGGGCCAAGUGUAAACUCGUCGUCGACGGGUUCUGUGGAGCCGGCGGAAACUCGAUCCAGUUCGCCAUGACUUGCGACAAAGUGAUCGCGAUCGAUAAAGACCCGAACAAGAUCAAGCUGGCCCGGUCCAAUGCAAAGAUCUACGGGGUCGCCGAGAAGAUCGAGUUCGUUUGUGCCGACUUUCUGGCCUGGAUGGCCGGACUCACAACGGCCCAGACGGCGUCAAUCGACGUCAUCUUCUUGUCCCCUCCGUGGGGUGGGAUUAACUAUCUGAACUCUCCGGAAGCAGCAGCAGAAGAAGAAGAAGAUGGGACAAUCCAAAAGAAAGGGAACAAAAAGAAACCGGACAAGCGACGGCAGCAUUAUUACAAGUUGAAGGAGCUAGCGCCGAUCGAUGGCCACGAGCUAUUCAAACGUGCCCGGCAAAUCACCGAGCGGAUCAUCUACUAUCUCCCGCGCCACACCGACCUCCACGACCUCUCCAAACUGGCCGCUCUCUUCCCUGCCCAUUCCAGAGUCUCUCCCCCCUCAAAGACUGACCGGCAGAAGUUUGUGAUCGAGGUCGAGGAGAAUUGGAUGAACCAGAAAUGCAAGGCACUCACCGUCUACUUCGGCCCGCUCGUCUCGUCCUCUCAACCUCCCAAAAAAUCCCUUCCUCACAAUCACACUUAG